AUGGGCAGGCAUGAUGAAGAGCAAAAGAGGAUGCUCAAGAAAAGGGAUUUGGCUGAGAAGAAAGCGAGUGAAACAGCAAAGAAAAACAGGCCUAAUCAGGAUAGCUAUGAAAAAAUUAUCAUCCAUCGCCUAAGCAUUGAUGCCACAUCUGAUGAACUAUUGGGGUACUACCGAAGUGUCCGCGCGACAUUUUCAACUGUCUCAUCUUUUGUUGUUCGUGUCUCUGUUCGUCUACCUGGUAAACCCCAAGGGCCCUUUGAUGAUGGGGGAGUACCAGUUACAAGUCCACCUCAAGAAGCCAAAGACUUCACUUAUCAGAUCACUGAGUUGUUUGAUCCCCUGACUCCAAAUGGCCCUGUUAUACAAAUUGCCGUACAACAGUUUAGUGGAUAUGCAAUGGCGGUCCGGGCUCUCUAUCUUGAUAAUGACCCCUUUUUACAAGCCUGGUAUGCAUUCCGUGGUGCAGAGCGGCAGCUACCAAAGCAUUUAUUUCCAAACGUGAUAUCUUUUCCCUACCGGGUGGAGUAUGAUGAUGUUAAUGCCAUACAUAUCCAUCCUGAAAUCCUGAGAGAAGUUUAUGAAUAUUUCGUGACUUAUCAAACAACUGCGGUGGAAUUGGCUCUUGAAGAUGAAGUAAUGGAACACACUAUUGAUGGUCAGACAUACAAAGAUACCGUUUUCUUUCUCAUUGGAGAGUGCCAACGAUUCUUCGAACUGCUAGAACUCACAUGGAAUGCUUUUGCCCUUCCUCCGUCUGGUUUCCUGCUCUCGGAAAUUCCCUAUGCCAAUCUUCUGAUACACAGAUGGAGGCAUUUCUCGGAGGCCAUUGAAAAGCUCUGGCUUGCCAUCUUUGAAGAGAGGAAUGAUCUUCCAUUUGAAGUUAGCCGUGCUAGCGCAUUAAAUUCACUGAAAAAGUUGGAGGCAUUGUUUCCGGAAAUCAACUUCAAGAACGAAAGGCAAGAGUAUUGUGUUGAAGUUCUUGCCGGUUCUACGGUACAAUUGCUGAACUGCGAUUUGCCUACUAUCAAGAAGGUCCUCAUGAGGUCUGAUGGUUUCUGCGGCGAAUUCUUUGCCCAGAAGAAUGUUCAGAAGAAGAAGCGCCAUGAGAAAGCUCUGGCUAGCGAUUAG